CACUGCUCCCAUCACCUUAUUACCCAUCGACUCUAGUACAUAUUCAUGACUGGCUUCAUGCUUCUUCUUACUUACCCUACCUAGGAACCAAUCCCAAAGUACCACCUGGGCUACCCCUGAUAUCUAUCCUAGAUUACGUCUUGAUCUCUCCCCAAUCAGAUUUGAUCCCACGCCACCACCUUGUGCCUAAUUUCCAAGUGCUUCUUUGCCUAUUUAGUCCAAGCCUAUCUCCCUCUUUGCCUGGGCGUCUUUCAAAUAAACAUUCCCCCCUCUUCCCGUUCUCUCUACAGAACAACCCACGACCUUGGCGUCGAACUUGCCAAAGCCGCAUACAUCGAUGAAGGAAAGCUCAACUGAUAAGCCCUCUUAUAUAGAUCGCAUACGCUCUUGGGCACCAGGUCAAGCGUAUGGAGGUUCUACACGACCCACUGCGUCCAACAGCAACCCCAUCCUUCCCAUAGACAACCGUUCCGGAUCACUGCGACAUUCGGAAAAGAGUCAUAAUGCUAGCACCAGCGACCCCCACGGCCAUCAGGGCCUCUCUAACGGUUCCGGAACCCGUCAAGAUGUUCCGAACGUUGGACAACAGGAUAGCGAAGUUGCCGAUAAGUCAGCUACGCCGACAUCUGAAGUGGAGGGGCCGGGGACUGUCGUAGACGAGGAGGCUGGUGACAAGAAAAAACCUAAUGUCGUCGUCGAAACGUACCUUGAAUUCAAAAAGGUCCUCUUUCAUAGUUGGAUCAACUUAUUCUUGAUCUGCGUACCAGUCGGGAUUGCCAUUGCAAAUAUCCCCAACAGGAAUGCUGGCGCUACUUUCGGUGUUAACGCCGUCGCCAUCAUCCCCCUCGCCGCCAUUCUCAGCCAUGCUACCGAGUCCGUAGCUCGUAAGAUGGGUGAUACCGUCGGUGCACUGCUUAAUGUAACGUUUGGAAACGCUGUUGAAUUGAUUAUCUUCAUCGCUUUGGUCAAGGGAGAAAUCCGUAUUGUCCAAGCCUCCUUGCUAGGAUCUAUCCUCGCCAACUUACUACUCAUCCUGGGUAUGGCCUUUUUUCUCGGUGGACUCCGAUUCCGCGAACAAAUAUACAACAGUACCGUAACGCAAAUGAGUGCCUGUCUGCUUAGUCUGAGCGUUAUUAGUCUUGUGCUACCGACGGCAUUUCACGCAUCGUUUCGAGACAGAGCAGAAGCUGAUGCCGAGUCCCUAAAGAUCAGCCAUGGUGUCAGCAUUAUUCUGCUGUUAGUAUAUGUCAUUUAUCUUCUAUUUCAACUGAAGUCCCACGCAUACAUGUACGAAUCUACUCCCCAGCACAUCAUUGAUGAGGAGGCGACACCCGGACCAGCUGCCGCGUGGCUUGAGUCAUCAGAUUCAGAUUCAAGUUCUUCGUCAGACUCGGACUCGGACACCUCGAGUCAAUCACGUGAGACUAUGUCGAAGCGCGUUCGGCGAGCCAUUCGCGGGCAUCGUCGUAGAAAAUCUAGUGUGGCUUCUGUCAACAGCGAGAACGGCGUGGAAACCCGCUCUCCUUCGCUUGGAACUAAUAACGCUAGCCCUGGUCAUGAAGGUUCCAAAUCUGGGGAUUCUGCGAAUGGACAAGGCUUCUUCCCUCGAAUGGGUUCGAAGGGCAGCGAGGAAGCUAUUGAUGAUGAGGACGAUUCUAGGGCCCACCGAAGACGCAGUAAGCGUUCUAAGCGCAAGUACCGUAAGCGGCAGAGAAAGGCAGCGAAAGCUGCCAUCGCUGAAGAGGCCGCCUCGCCGGAGAACAUUGCUGGCGUUGGGCCUGGUGUGGCACAAAGUCCCGCCACGAAUGUCGGGGAGACCCGUCGCGUGGACUUCGCAGACACCGUUGUCGAGACUGAUGGCACCCUCGAGGUGAUCCCUACCGGCUCUAGACGAGCUUUCAAUAUUAUGUCCCUCGGUCCUGUAGCUAAGAGUUUAGCCCCGCCUGUCUUCACUCAACCGUCCGACCCUGGAGCUACACCUGCAGUUGCAACCGGUCCCGUUCCUCGUGUUAGAUAUGGAAUUCGCCGAACCAAUUCCCUUCCGGAAAGACUCAACCAAUAUCAAUAUCGACCCCCCGGAGCCAUGAUGCCUUCGCAAGUACCCAUUUCCAUCCUCACCGGCGGUACCGGCGAGAGGGGAGAAGAUCACGAAGGUGAUCUCUCGCGUGGCGCAGCCAUCAUCAUGUUGCUGAUUUCCACGGCACUCGUGGCACUCUGUGCUGAGUUCAUGGUUGACGCUAUUGAUGACGUGGUGGCAAACAGCGCGCUCAAGGAAACAUUCAUCGGUCUAAUCAUCCUUCCCAUCGUCGGCAAUGCGGCAGAGCACGUAACGGCGGUGGCGGUGGCUAUGAAGAACAAGAUGGAUUUAGCAAUCGGUGUAGCCAUCGGCUCCUCUAUCCAAAUCGCCCUAUUCUUGACGCCGCUUGUGGUUAUCAUUGGUUGGAUCAUCGGACAACCGAUGACACUAUACUUUACGCUAUUCGAAACGGUGUGCCUCUUCGUGUCAACUUUCAUCAUCAACUUCUUGAUCCUCGACGGCAGAAGUAACUACCUCGAGGGUGCCCUGCUCUGCGCUACUUACGUUAUCAUCGCAGUAGUUGCGUUUUUCUAUCCCGAGGGUGAUGCUGCCGGAGCUUUGGGCGCUUAAGCUUAGCAAGAUAUACCUACCUCACUUGAGGAUCUUUGCCAUGAGAAACCUGUGGGGAUGACCGGUUUUCGUACUUAUCUAAUGCACGUGAAAAGAAAAAUAAUGUUACGAACAUUGCGGGGAGCGAUUCGACACGAACACGAACUUAUUGUCAUAAGGGGGAGGAGAGGGAGAGAGGUAACAUGAGGUUUGAUGUUUUACAUUCUAAGGGAAGGCCGCCGAUAUUUACUUCGAGCCAGGCCCCCUUAGCGAUUUAUUAUUACUUUUAUUAUUCAUUUUAUUUAUUCACCAUUACCUGGACUUCUUAGAGAAAAAAAAAAGGAAAAGGUUCAUUUCAGAUACACGCAGGAAGAGCUUAUGCCAGCCAACUUGGCCGGCUCUGGACAAUGAAAAUACAAAUAAGCCCUAGGUAGUUAACUUCGUUAGCCAGUCAGAGCAGACUCGGAUUACGUCGAGCUGUCGAGUGGAAUGGAAUGAAUGGGAAGGAUAUACACUCCUUUGAUAUGAUGUUGUGUUGUUUUUACUUGUGUUGUUGGGUGAUGUGAUGUUGAUUGUGAGCUUUGUGUGAUGUGUGAUGUGUGUGACUUGAUGUGACUGACUACGUACGACUUGGCUUGUAUUGCAUAUGAUAUAUGUACCUACAUGUACAUGUAUUUGGAAUCGGGAUGUUUAUAAC